UGAUGCUUCUUAACAAACCGUGAACAAUGCAAGCUAUUCAAGGAUUUUUUAAAUCAUUCUUCAAAAACGCAAUUUCUUCUGCUACAGCAUGCGAACAAAAAGCGUUACCAAUCUACCCUCCAGAGUUGAACAUAGUAAUGAGAGAGCAAUGGCGUGCUGAGCCUGCCGUGAUGGGUCUUCCAGACGACCCACUGCUGCAUCUAGAGAAUCCUGUGAAGAACAUCUUCCUCAACGACACAGCCACUCUAAUGUGUGAUGAUUUGGAGGAAUGUACGACAAGAUUGCGCAAGAUCCAGUGGAACCAUCAAGACGGUGGAUAUCCUGACAUCACCCACAACUUCAUGAUUGGGACCGAGGGGACCGUCUAUGUAGGCAGAGGCUGGGACUGGCACCCGGACGCAAUGCGGUUCGCCAUCAAAGGAGAUGUCAUUGACAUUGCUUUCAUUGGAAACUUUGAACGUCUUGACCCCCUUCCGGUGAUGAUGGAGGCUGCUGAGAAACUAAUAGCUCAUGGUGUCAAGUUGAAUAAAGUGCAAGCUAAUUACACCACAACCUGGUUCAGAGAUUAUGAAAGCUCGUGGCUUAAAGUUGAAUAAAAUGCACGGUAACUACAGAGAUUCAACGAAACAA